GAAGAUGUCCACCUCUACCCUCUUCCUCGAACAAUUACAGAGGGCAAGAAUCUUCGUCAGCCACCGAAAAAUUUUCGUCAAUCCUUCUUCCCAGGAACAGAUCUAAAAACACUCCUUAACCUUCCAAUUCAUAAACGAAAAGCCCCACUGUUACUAAACUUCAUCCCUACAUACAAAUCCACUUUACCCGACGUCCCAAGAAAAAGGAAGAAGAGUCUUUCUCCACCCACAGCCACAACCUUGACUGCUUCUACAUCCCGAACAGAUCAAGAGUCCACGUCUGACCCAGCCGAUCUUCCAUCAACUUCGGCCCCCUACUUAAUACCAGUUCCUGAACGUAAACGCCGACGAAGGCUAGUAAAGACUGCCGAAAUGGUUCGUCCAAGGCCUGUCGUCCAAGACCUUCUUGCCGACCUUCCAACUGACGCCGAAGCCGCACCUACGCAAUCAAUGCUCCCACCCAAACCAAAGAGAGUUAAAAAGGCUCAGCCUAAGGCCAAGGCUACAGAUGCCGAAGCUGAGGAUACUGUGCCUAUUUCAAAGCUGGCAGAAACCAGGAAAUCAGCCUCUGUCUCCACCAAGAGGUCUGCUGAGGGUCAACCCUCAAGGUCUACACAAACAAAGAGGCCAAGGUCAUCGUCUGCGACGACCUCGGCGUCAAAGAAGCCCGACGUCCCUUGGGCCCCUGAUCUAUCCCUGGAGGAUAGGCCCAUUAUGGCUAGUGAAAGUGCUGACGACAUUAAUGUUGCUGUCGCCCUUGGCACUGCUCUUCUUCUACCAAAUGACUUGGAGCGAAAUGGCAAGCUUAGUGAGUAUGAAAAUUAUGCUCUUAUGCUCCAACACUCCGCUCAAGUAAGUAUUUCUGUUUGUACUUGUGUUUUUUCCUUCUGUUUCUUUUUGGGAAAAUUUUCUGACACUUCUGCUUUCAUUCAGGCUAUCCAACAUGCCCAUUCAUUUUCAAUGCAAUCCUUUGAGAAUCGUCAAAGAUUGGUUGAUAUGAAGAGGGAAGCAACUUCAAUGAAGAGAGAAAUAAGGGCCCUUGAAGUAAAAAUGAAAAAACUGGAGGAUCAGGCCGAGGCUGCAACGAAAGUCCAAACUUUAGCUCUUGAGAAGGCCGAAGCUGCCGAAGCCAUUAAAAAAGUAGCUGAAGCCGAGAAAAGAGAUGCUGAGGCUAGGAAGGCUCAAGCGGAGAAAGAACUCCAGCAGGCUCUGGCUACCAAAGAGGCCGAGGUUAAAGAGGCCGAUGAAAAGGCCUAUGCUCAAG